UGACAUCAUCAUUGUACCGGACAUGACUGACGCCUGUCUCACUCUGCAACCACCCAAGCAAAAAUAAAACGAAAAAUAAUUCGUGUUCCAAGACCAACCCAACACCCAGCUUCACGACUCGUCCUGUGUCUUUUCUUUUCAGCCUCGUGGGGCUGCGCAUGACUGGAGCGACCCAGAAGCACCACUGCUUACAACAGGGCCCGCUCACGUCGAUAUAGGCACUAAAAACGGUAAAUGAGCAGCCUACACGUCUCCGCAGCGGCACAACCGCCCGAGUAAGCCGACCGCCAACAAGCUUAAAAAAACUGAACAAGAUGCAGCGCGGAAGGUUACAGUAGCAGCAACGUCGUCAUUCUGUUUGCACGAUAGCGAGCGGGUGGCUGGGCCAUAAAAGCCAGCAAAACAAAAAAAAUCUACACGUAAACGUGGUCAAUUAAAAGAUAUACAUGCAUUACCGAAACAAAUCACAGCCCGCCCGCCCGGAUCACCCCAACCCCUGCUACAAGCCCUAGCUCCCAGCAAUAGCUCCAGAGGGGAUCCAAAUCAGGCUGCAUUCAGCCAGCCUGCUCGCGUACACAGAGUCAUGCGGCAGCCAUUUCCUUUUGCAGCCAGUCUCGUAUUUUCUUUUUUCUUCCCAGCUUCCCUUUUUUUUGUUGCAACUGUAUAUUUUUAUCUUUCCUAAUCUUUUCAUAAAUACCGCUCUUCCGACAUCAGCUUACUCUUCAUUCUCACCCAAUGUCUGUUCAAUCGUCAUGAUCUCACGUGAAUCCAGCUCUACGCUGGGCCAGCUUCUGCUGCUACUUCUCGCCAGCACAGCAUCAGCCAUUGUGCCCGAACACGACGCCGUCCUUCGCAACGCAAACGACAUCUUCAACGCCGUCAACGCAGCAGGCAGACAAUGGGGCUCGUCCAUCAACUACAUUGGCUUCGGCAUAUACCCGGCCUACAUCCCCGCGGGCACUAUGCUCUAUCACGGAGGCCCUGAAACCACUGCUCCCACCACACCAGAGUGGCUUGCCUUUGACAUUCACCACGCUCAACACUUUGCUCUCCGUGAUGUCUACCGCUCCAACAAGAAGACGGAUACAGACAGCAAGCGGACAGAUUCUAAAGAUGAAGAAAACCCUGACGACACACUCACACUCGAAACCGGCAGCGUGGACAAACACGCCGCGCAAAAGGUUCUCACUAACAACAGCAAUAACCCUUCCCAACCUAAGUCUGAGAACCGCUCCUAUCUCCAGACCUACCAGACCGCCAAAGAUCUCAAAGUCCUCUAUCUAGACGGCAUGAGCGCCGCCAACCCCGACGGUCCUCACGACACAUGGAACAUGCUCCGAGACAACGAAACCACCACUAGUCCUCCCCAAGACGACCCCAUGAGAGCCGACCCCCCGCAUGCCAUGUGCAAAAUCGUCAACGCCAUGGGCUACCAGGCCAUUGUUCGCAUGGAAAUGGGAUUUGAAGUCGUCUACUGCGACUUUAACGACGGCGGCCUAGACUUGGUUUCCCAGGUCCGCGAGAAGCCGCUCAAAAAGCGACUAUCCAGCAGGUUCGAGGCUACGAGGAUCCCGUGGGUCCGUGGCGCUGUCUCACAUUACGACGGCCUCGGCGGCAAGCUCUUCAUUGCCUUUUCGUCCAUGUUCUCUGCCCUCUUCUACCCCGUCAGCAUGACGGACGCCAGCGGGCAGCGCAGAAUCAGCGCCAUGCCGCUCCAGGAGCGACGUGAGCUGCGUGCGGAUGCCCUACAGGCGCUACAGUAUCCCACCAAGUAUCAGCGUGUAAACUGGCACUGGCAGGAGGCUACCACAGCUAUUGUCGCCCGUUUUGCGGGCACCAUCGCCGCCCUGGCUUCAGGGAAGCUCACUGCAGAGUUUAUCGCUGCAGAGAUAGAGGGCGUGGCGGCUGCAUACUAUGGCUACGAGGACGACGUCACGGUGGCGGAUGAGACGGAGUCCGCUAAUAAGACGUUUAAUUCUGUCGACAUGUGUAGCAGAGAGCUGUUACGGCCGGUAACCAUGUACCGCAACUGGUGGACAGAGCAGGAUAAGCUCUUGCACACGGCCAUUUCGGCGGUGACUGAGGAUAUCUGCAGUACUUAUAUCUCUAGCUACGGAGAGUUGCUGGCGGCCGCAAAGCAGGAGGGCCUGCGUGCCGACGACCGUACUAGCCGCACGAUGCCCGAGGCGACACGCUGGGUGGUGAAGAAGAUGCGACGGCUCAAAGAGCGCUUGGCGUGGCCGGAGUGGAAGAAACUGCAGCCGUGUGCAGACCAAGAGGUUGCCUUUACGCCCAUGUUUCCGCUAGGGAACAAGAACGAAGGGUGGAAGCCGGCAUGUCGGUCCUCGGAGGACCUGCGGGACAUGGGUAUGGACCUGUGGGAUGAGAUAUAGAGAGAGAUGAUGACGAUGUAUACCUUUAAUGUAUGAAACGACUAGUCGAGUAGAUACCUUUAGCGAUGUAUUUCAGGCAUCUUGCUUGCCUUUUUGGAUAACUCUUUUUCUAUUUGCACAAAGUAUAUGGCUCUUGUAUUCUUACUUGUUCGAUUUACUCACUCUUGUUUGGACCUGUUUGCU